AUGGAUUGCCUAGGGCUUGCACAAGAAUGGGAGAAUGACCAAACCUUGAGGGCCCGCAUGAGGGAAGACAAGAGACUCCUGAUGUACCCGAAUGAUGAAUCGUAUUGCCGUCCCAACCGUGUGAACGCUGUCACCAAUGCGUUGGUUCUAGCCCCAGUGUUGAAAAGGUUGCAGAAGGAAUCGAAGAACCGUUUGCCACACCUUGAACACUUAAUCCUGGAGGUGACCAAUCUCUACCAAAAAUGCGGACUCUCCACAGGAGACAGAGCCCCCUACAAGUGCAGCGUAGAACUUAAGAAGCUUACAGGAUUCGUGAAACGCCGCACACAGCGGAAGGAAUUCACGAAGGACACUGACUUCCACGAGCUGAUCUUGAUCUUUGACCCGAGUAUGAAGGAGCACAUUGAUGGCUACCUUGCUUCUUGCCGCCGGGCAAGAUCUUUGUCUCUGGAUGAUGAUGAGGAUAACUAUGAUGAUGAAGACGCCCAGACCCAACAGGAGUUCGAUGAGUUCAAGACAUGGUUGGAUUCCUCCACACCGGCUACUAGUGAUACCCGCCCAUCGGAAGUCGUGAUGAACCCAAAGGAGUGCCCCAAGUGCAAAACUUUGGACUGUGAUUGCGCUGCCAAUGCUGAUAAGAUCAGGUUGGCGAAGGAGAUGAUCAAAAAGAAGGUCGCAGAGCUCAAGAAGAAGGCUUUGGAGAUGCUCGUCUCAGCUCCGUUUGCAGAGCUAUGGACGCAGGUGCCCGGAGAGAAGAACCAGCAUUUUUCGACCAUGCCUACACCAGGCCCUCUGCAAGCGAUGGUGCAAGCUUACGCGCACGACGUGGAUGAGACCUUGCCUAUGGAACCCGAUCACACAGCUGCAGCUUCUGAACCGUUCUCUUUGGCCCUACCAGAUGAGGAAGUUGAGAUCCCACCGACCCAGCCAGACAUGCCCGAAGAACCUGAGGUCCUCACUCGCAAAGAUCAGCUCAAAGCGAAGGAGGAGAAACAGAAGAAGAAGCAGAUGGAAAAGGAUGAGCAGAAGAAGCUGAAAGAGCUGGCCAAGGGGAAGGGGAAGGGAAGGAAGGGAAAAGGAAGGACUAAGAAGGAGCAGCCUGAAGAGCAGCCUGAUGAGCAGCCUGAGCAGCUUGAGGAACAGCCUGAGGAGACCAGGGUGAAGAAGCCACGGCGGAGGUUGAAGCAGCUCAAGGAAACGGAGGGGGAGGAGCAGGAUGAAGUUGGGGAGGCAGAGCUUGCCCCAAAGGCCAAGCCAUCGGCCAAAGGACGAGCGAAGGCAAAAGCACAAAGGAAGGCAAAAAUGGAGAAGCCGGAGACAAAGGCUGCGCCCAUGAAAAGAUCGAGGGGAAAGAGCAACGUGGAGGAGGAAGAGGACCCAGCAACGCCUCGAUAUGAACCUGUCAGUGACCAUGGUGAGGAUGAAGAGCAUGUGCCCACGCCCAAAAAGAUGCUCUUUGUCUCUGACGAUGAUGGUGACCAUGAUGACUUCCACCCCACCUCUAUGGAGCUCGAUGGCAAGCCUCGCAAAGCUCGGCGUGUGAAAAAGGCUUUGGAUGCAUGCAUGCCGGAGGCGCACAUGGCCGCCAAACGCCAGCGCAGCCAGUCGGCUUUGAAAACUGUGACUGGUGGAUCUUCUGGUGACAAGCCUGAGGCUGCGCCCAAGAGAAGGACCCAGAAGCCCAGGGUGUCCAAAGUGGAUUUGUCACCGUUUGCAAAGAAAGAAAAGUCACGCAGGAAGAAGGCUGAGGAAGGUAUCAUGAAGUCGCCGGCGACUGAAGACCUCCAGAUGCAGGCCAUCAUGCUUCAACACAUGAGGAAUGUGGAGGGCAUGAAGGAUGAAUCUGAGGUCAAGGAGUACCUGAUCUCCAAGCUCAAGGACGGUGAGUUGAACCAGAAAUUCCGGCUGAAUGAAUACUGGAAGCGGCCUGCGGUGGGUGUCAAGCCCCUUUGCCUUGGAGAUGGCACGAUCGGCAAAGCCCCAGAGGUUGCAUACUUUGGGAAGGCUGGCACGUGCUCCGGAGGAUGGAAUGUCAAUUGCGCUUUGGUGUAUGCUGCUGCGUCCCUGAUGGCUUCGUGGUUGGCAGAGCUGGAUGAUCAGGACUUGUUGGACUACGCGAACCCGCUCGUCCUGGAGAUGCCUCAGCUGCGGGGCAACAAGUGGGUGCUGCUAUUUGCAGUGCUCCUAGUGCUGUGGACCGAUUUCCCAUCUAAGAGCUGGCAGGUACACAAGACCUCCUGGUACCAAUACCACUAUGGGGCGGAGACGCCAAAACGAUGUUUUGCUUACAGCAACUCCAGACACAUUGGGAAAUUAAACCAAGGACAGCUAUUGGGAUGGUCCCACAAAAAAAAAGUCUUGAAGGAUCAUGGGAAAGCAAAAGCUUUAGUCGUUCACUAUGAUGACUCCAAUGGCCAGCGGAAAUGGAAGGGCACGGGUGAUUUACGUGGCAGCGAGUGCUACCCACCACAAUUUGGGUUGAAGUUCGUGGAGAUUUUCCAUUCCCUCAUCUCUGACAAGCUGGGGAUGCCGGAGUUGCCUCUAACCGUACCUUCUGCAGAGGAAACCUUCGCUAGCUUAGAGUUCAGCGAUGUGUGGUCGGAAGCCAGCAUGGUGGAUCCACCUGAAAAUCCCGCCAAGUUUCAGGGAGCUGCCUCCGGCCAAGCUUUGAAAAAGCCUGGGCCGGAUGAUGUCUUAGGCAUGUUGCUGUUCGGCCCUGAGUUGGAACAACAGCUUGCAGACCUUGAGGCUUUGGAUUCUGCAGUUUGGGACUCAAAGCUUGUGGCAGCGAAUUCCGAGAGCCAGCUCAAAGCCUUGCAACAAGUGGCUUCUCCUCAGCAGUCGCUGGCUAUGGCAGAGACGAUCCCAGCUACGGAUUCACAGUUGAUGGAUGUUGUGAAUGGGUCCCCUGGAAGUGGUGGUGAUCAAAGUAACGUAACCCUUCGCAUUGUGGCCAUGAUGCAGAACGGUGAGCUGGAUCCAGCCAUUGCCAUGCAGCUCCUGGGUCAAGGUAUGACGGCAGCUGCCCCGGAGGGUGAUGCUUCUGACCCCAAAAACGAUAAGAAAAGACCUUUGGAUACCACAGGUGAGUCCCACAAUCCUUCUGAUGUUCAAGAUAUCGAUGGAUUCUUGCAAGAGGCCAAAAAGGUAAAGCUUGAAGAGAAUGCACUCAAGCAGAAGCUGCGUCGGCUUUGUGAGCCCAAGAAGGGUGGUCGUUUGCAGGUGCCACAGUGGUUGCACGACGAGUGGCGCACUGGCGACCACUUGGUCAUGGCCAAACAAUACGAAGCCUGCAAUUUCAACAAGGAUGCGUUCAUCAAGUACAAGGAGAAGAGGGUCACCAAAACUGACCGCAAGACAAACGAUGAACUCUUUGGCUGGUAUUCAAAGGAUGCCAUGUCCAAAAUUCUCAAGUGGACGACGCGCUGCAAAUAUGGUGGUGAAGACGAGUACUAUAUCACAGUUUCAGAAACUGGAUGUCACAAGGAAGAGCAUGACACCACUGAGCAAUCGGUGGAACGAACACAGGAAGAUGGCCCGGCUGUCUUGCGAGACGUGAACCUGGGCCGGCUGAAUGGAGAUGCAGCCCGUGCUAAAGCCAACAGGGGCAAAGACAUGUACGUGAAGUAUAUCGACUCGGUUUUGCAGAAGAGCGCCAAGAUCAGAUCGCUCAUUGGUGAUUUGCAAAAAAAUUAUCCCCAAGAUCAGACUGCCAUGAAGGCUUGCACCACCAUGAACACUGACCUCGCGACCUUGGAUGCCGAGUACAACAAGCUGGCUCAAAUCCUGGCGGAGGGAGAGAGGGAUAACUUCAACCAAGAGUGGUUGGCAAAAGCUGAAAAAGCCAUGAAAGAUUCCACCUUCGUGUGCACCAAAGUGGCGUCCAACGAAGCCAAGAUUCGGAGCGCCAAGCGACACUUCAAGAAGAAGGAGGUUGAGCAAAGUAACCCACAAAGUUUAUCUUUGGAAGAAGCUAGCAACUUUGGCCGUCCUGACAUUGGGGACCCAAUCCUUUCUCGACCUAUGAUGUUGUUCAAGGAUACCUACUUGGAUCAUGCUGAUCUUGCCAAUUUGCCCCGCUCAAGGGAUGUGUUCAGAGGCAUUGAAUCACACCCUUCUCUCACCUUGAGACUUCCAAAGCCGAGGGCGUCGGCUGGCUUAGUUCUGCGACACUGUGCCGAAGUGUUUCAACAAGUUCAUGACCAGAACAAACCAAUGACAUGGAAAUUCGGCCUGACACACGAUGCGGUGAUGAGAUGGACCAACCCUACCUUUGGGCACUCAUGUUCAAACAAAAAAAUGGAUAAGUUCGAUUAUAUGAUAGUCCUAUAUGCAGCUUCACACUGCCACGGACCUGCUUUUCUAGAAGCUAGUCUUUGCGCGAGCCAAAUCCUCACUGCCAGGGCAGUGGCAGAAGACAUGGGGGAAGUGCAAGCGGCCCGGAAAGGUGUGAAGUCUUGGGCCUCCUGUCACCUACAAAAUUCAGAAAGGGAUGUUCAAAGAACUAUGAAAAACCAAAAGACUAAGUUGGACAUACCAGUCAAGACCAUUGAAUGCAAUGGGGUCCAGGUUCCUUGGAUUUCUCCGGAGUCAUGGCUUCAAUGGAUUGUGAAAAAGGGUCUUUGGCCAACAUUGGCUGGGUGCAGUCCAAAUGACUAUCAGGGAGCCUCCCGCAACCGGUCACAAUUUUGGGAGAACUACCAGAAAGUGGAUCCUGACUUUGAGCUUUUCCGCAUCCCCAACACUGACCUUUCUAGAACUGCAGCUUUCCUUGUGCAUGGAGAUGAGGGCCGCACACUGAAGCGCAAUGCCCUCAUGGUUACAUCGCUGCAAAGCGCUUUGGGAUGUGGUUAUGAUGAGCAACGGGUUCCGGGCCAAAAAGCUGACACUUCGAACUUGCGGGUCAACUUUGCAGGUCAUUCAUUUGUGACCCGGUAUGUUGUGAACACAAUGCCAAAAACAUCUUACGAGUCUGACCCCGCAAUUUUCGAUGAUGCCAUGGAUCAUGUGGCAAAGUCACUCCGGAAAUGUUUUGAUGAAGGCUGCGUAGAUCAAGUGCGAGGGGAACGAUUCAAAAUCGUUGUUCUGGGUGUGAAGGGAGAUGCUCCCUACUUGGUCAAAGCAGCUCAUUUCUACAGAUCAUACAAUACGAUGGCAAAACGUGGUGAUGAGCGGGGGCCCCCGAAGGGCGUAUGCCCUUAUUGCCUUGCAGGAACUAAUGGUUUCCCAGCGGAGGACAUCUCCACUUCAAGCCCAUGCUGGUUGCCGACAGUUGGUGUGAAGCUCCCUUGGCUCAAGCGUCCCGCGUUUAUCAAGCAUUUGCUGCACAAUCCUUCAAACCCAACAGAGUUCUUCAAGAGCGAUAUCUGGCACAUUGUGCACUUGGGUUUCGGCAGGAGCUGGGUGGCUAGCGUUGUUCAAACGGCACUUCCCUAUUUGCCAUGUCAGAAUUUAGAGCAAAAAUGGGAAUGGCUGACGGAUGACUACUUGCGUUGGUGCAGGACCAGCAAAAAACAAGCGCAUGUCUCAAAGAUAACUGCGUACCUCAUGUCAUAUGGGGAUACAACAGGUGCCAUGGGCCAGUGGAGCAAAGGAGCUCUCAGCACCAACCUGCUCCAGUGGUUGGUGGAUCUUUUGGGCAAAAUUCCUGGAGAUCCCGACGGAUUGUUGGCGCAAUGUAGAGUUGCAACUUACCGCUUGAAUUCUUUGUUCCGUCUGCUUUAUCGAUCGGGUGCAUUUCUGACAGCAGAGCAAGCUGCAUUCAUUUCUGAUCAAGGCUUGAGCUUCCUCAGGACGUAUGCCGCGAUGGCUCGGGUCAUGUACAACGCGGGAAAACAGUGGUUGUUUCCGUUGUACCCCAAGCUUCACGUUUUUCAUCAUCUCAUAUUGACUGUUAGAAACACGGCUUCAUCGACUGGGCUGUGCUGUUCGCCAAUGAUGUAUGGCUGCCAAAUGGACGAGGACGUUGUAGGUAAGACUUCGAGACUCAGUAGAAGAGUCAACAUCAGAAAGGUCAGCCAAAGAGCGCUUGACCGAUAUUUAGUCGCUGCUUUUACGGCCUACUCCAAAGCAAAGUUGUUGGGAUGA